AUGGAGGGCGCGCUCGCAGCCAACUGGAGCGCCGAGGAGGUCAACGCGAGCGCAGUGUUGCCGGGGGUGGAGGGCAACGGCACCGCCGGGCCGCCGCGGCGCAACGAGGCCCUGGCGCGCGUGGAGGUGGCGGUGCUGUGUGUCAUCCUCUUCCUGGCACUGAGCGGCAACGUCUGCGUGCUGCUGGCGCUGCGCACCACGCGCCACCAGCACUCGCGCCUCUUCUUCUUCAUGAAGCACCUGAGCAUCGCCGAUCUGGUGGUGGCCGUGUUCCAGGUGCUGCCGCAGCUGCUGUGGGACAUCACCUUUCGCUUCUACGGGCCCGACCUGCUGUGCCGCCUGGUCAAGUACCUGCAGGUGGUAGGCAUGUUCGCCUCCACCUACCUGCUGCUGCUCAUGUCGCUCGACCGCUGCCUGGCCAUCUGCCAGCCGCUGCGCUCGCUGAGCCGCCGCACCGACCGCCUGGCCGUGCUCGCCACGUGGCUGGGCUGCCUGGUGGCCAGCGCGCCGCAGGUGCACAUCUUCGCGCUGCGCGAGGUGGCCGACGGCGUCUUCGACUGCUGGGCGGUCUUCAUCCAGCCCUGGGGACCUAAGGCCUACAUCACGUGGAUCACGCUCGCUGUCUACGUCGUACCUGUGAUCGUGCUCGCUGCCUGCUACGGCCUCAUUAGCUUCAAGAUCUGGCAGAACCUGCGGCUCAAGACGGCGGCGGCGGCGGCGGCGGCGGCCCAGGGGCCUGGGGACGCGGCGGCCGGCGGCGGGGCGCGCGCGGCCCUGGCGCGUGUCAGCAGUGUCAAGCUCAUCUCUAAGGCUAAGAUCCGCACGGUCAAGAUGACUUUCAUCAUCGUGCUGGCCUUCGUCGUCUGCUGGACGCCAUUCUUCUUCGUGCAGAUGUGGAGCGUCUGGGAUGACAACGCUCCCAAGGAAGCCUCAGCCUUCAUCAUCGCCAUGCUCCUGGCCAGCCUCAACAGCUGCUGUAACCCCUGGAUCUACAUGAUCUUCACGGGCCACCUCUUCCAUGAACUUGUGCAGCGCUUCCUCUGCUGCUUCUCCAGAGACCCAAAGGGCAACCGGCUGGGUGAGACGAGCAUCAGCAAAAAGAGCAAUUCGUCCUCCUUUGUCCUGAGCCAUCUCAGCUCCAGCCAGAGGAGCUGCUCCCAGCCAUCUACCAUGUGA